CACACUUUCAUCAAUUUCUCUCUCUAGAAAACGAAUAUCUACACGCGCUUAUCCCCUUCUUAUUCUUCUUCCCUUUCUAUCUUCAUUUUAACUUCCAUCUUCUCAGUAACUGAAGCUGUAGUGGAGCACAUUCGUUCAUUUCGGUUGUGUCAGCUCCGGUUAUCUGCUAAUCCCUGGGCUGCAGGUAUACAGAGCUUUUUGCACUGCAGAUCAGUUGCUGCCAACAUGCUUAGCUGGAUAAUUUUGUGCCACUCUAAUGAGUAAACUAUGUAAAGCUUGUUGGUACUGAUCUCAUUAUAUUAGCUCCAAGAAGUUUGUAUCUAUCGGCAGAGAUUAAGCCGUAAUAUUUCACAAUAAAGAUUGACUUUUGUCAGUUCCAUUUAGAUUUUCUCAUAACCAUGCGAUCCUGGUGGGGAUGGUCUUCAUCAAAAGAAGAGAAGAAGAAAACUACGGAAAGUUUCAUCGAUACAAUAAAUAGGAAAUUCAAGAUUGGCUUUUUAGAAAAAUCCAGUGGUAAGUCACGAUCAUCUCAAAGAUGUCGUAGCGACAAUAUUUCAGAGAAGGGCUCUCGAACAAGAGUGCAUUCUAGGUCACCAUCCCCAUCCACGUCAAUACCAGUAUCACGUUGUCAGAGCUUUGUAGACAGGCCGGUCAGGCCCUGUGCUCAACCACUUCCACUUCCUGUGGUUCACCUUUCUAAUAUCCAACAUGGUGAACCUGAAAGUAAUGUAUCAGCAAAAUCAGCAACUGAGUAUGCCUUCAAACCAUUGUUGACCUUACCUCUUCCUGAGCCAAGACUUGAGCUACAUGGACAAGAUGCUAUGGAUAUUGAUAGGGACUUGCCAACUGCUACUGCUUCCUGUGACAGUUCCAGUGAUAUUGAUGAUCCUACUGAUUCACAUCUUUUGAGCCCUCAAGCUUCUGAUUAUGAAAAUGGGGGUAGAACUUCCAUAAAUAGUCCUUCCAGUGCGAAGCAGAAGGUUCAAACCUCUAUUUCAUUCAACACAAAUCCAAUAGAAACUUCAAAGUCAGCUAAUAUUUUGUCAAACAAUCAGGCCGUUUCUCCACCCUCCAGGCGGAGGCCUUUAAGAUCUCACGUACCAGAUUUACAGAUUCCUCGUCAUGGUGCUUUCUACAGUGCUCCUGAUAGCUCAAUGUCAAGUCCUUCAAGAAGUCCAAUGAGGGUAUUUGGGCAUGAUGUCAAGAACUCAGGUUUUUGGCCCGGGAAACCAUAUGGGGAUAUAACUUUUCUAGGAUCUGGACAAUGUUCGAGUCCAGGAUCAGGUCAGAAUUCAGGGCACAAUUCUGUUGGAGGUGAUAUUGGGCAGGUCUUCUGGCCACACAGCAGGUGUAGUCCAGAAUGUUCUCCCGUGCCUAGCCCCAGAAUGGCGAGCCCUGGCCCUAGCUCCAGAAUACAUAGUGGUGCAGUCACUCCUCUGCAUCCUCGAGUUGGAGAGGCAUCUGGAGAGUCUUCCACAACAUGGAUUGAUGAUGGAAAGCAGCCAAGUCAUCUGCUGCCUCUUCCUCCACCUCCAAUAACAGUUUCUAGUCCUUCUCAUUUUUCUCCAUCAUAUUCAGCAGGAGCAUCUCCUGUCAUUCCACGAAGUCCAGGUAGGACAGAAAACCCUCCCAGCCCUGGUUCACGCUGGAAGAAGGGACGCCUGCUUGGCAGAGGAACAUUUGGACAUGUGUAUCUUGGUUUUAACAGUGAAAGUGGUGAGAUGUGUGCGAUGAAAGAGGUAACAUUAUUUUCAGAUGAUGCUAAGUCAAGAGAAAGUGCUCAGCAGCUUGGACAAGAAAUUGCUGUACUAAGUCGCUUACGGCAUCCAAAUAUUGUGCGGUAUUAUGGAUCUGAAAUGGUUGAUGACAAACUCUAUAUAUACCUUGAGUAUGUAUCUGGUGGUUCUAUCUAUAAAAUUCUUCAAGAAUAUGGCCAUUUGGGUGAAGUAGCUAUUCGGAGUUACACUCAGCAGAUUCUAUCCGGGCUUGCUUAUUUGCAUGGUAAAAGUACAGUGCAUAGAGAUAUUAAAGGGGCAAACAUAUUGGUUGACCCUAAUGGCCGCGUAAAACUGGCAGAUUUUGGGAUGGCAAAACAUAUAACUGGGCAGUCAUGCCCAUUGUCAUUCAAGGGAAGUCCUUAUUGGAUGGCACCAGAGGUUAUAAAAAAUGCUAAUGGUUGCAAUCGUGCGGUUGACAUAUGGAGCCUUGGAUGCACAGUGUUGGAAAUGGCUACCACAAAACCACCCUGGAGUGAAUAUGAAGGGGUUGCUGCUAUGUUUAAGAUUGGAAACAGCAAAGAACUUCCUGCAAUCCCUGACCAUCUCUCAGAUGAGGGCAAGCAUUUUGUGAGGCAAUGUUUGCAACGAAAUCCACAUCACCGUCCCACAGCUGCUCAGCUCUUGGACCACCCUUUUGUCAGAAAUGUUGCUCCAAUAGAAAGACCCAUUCUAAGUCCUGGAGCUGGGGAAUCAGUUUCUCCAGUUUCGCAGCCUGGUAUUGGGCAUUCCAGAAGUCCUCCAUGCUUGGAGACAGAAGGAGCAGCUGGUCUUCAAUCUAGAAAUCUAAAAUCUGUUGCUGGAAUAAGUGACCCUCUUAUGCAAAGGAAUAUAUCAUGCCCAGUUUCUCCAGUUGGGAGCCCGCUUUUGCAUUCAAGAUCACCUCAACAUAUGAGUCCAAUACUGUCUCCUUCUCCCAUUUCAAGCCCCCGGGCCACAUCUGGCACAUCCACCCCUCUGACGAGUGGCAGUGGUGUCAUUCCAAUGUUUACUCCCAAGUCACCAACAAAUCCAAGGUCCCAAAGCGGGUUUUACCCCAAUGGAAAUGCAUGUCAAGAUCUUAAACCUGACAUAUUUAGAGGGAUUCCUCAAACUCAUUUGUUUGGAGAAACAGUUGCAGCAUCUGCCCAAGGGGGCUCAUAUGAUGGACAAUCACUAUUAGCUGAUAGGGUGGCUCAACAGCUGCUGAGAGGUCAUGUGAAAUUGAGCCCAUUGUUAGACCCAAAUUCAUGCUCUCCAGUUCUUGGUCACAACAACGGGGUAUAACUUGAUAUGCAUGCAAUCUUCUUCAACGGAUGACUUGUGACGUUGUACAGUCGCUGCUAACAGGAAAGGAGUAGAAGUAAUAGGGUGGCCCUAGAAAUAAUAACUUCCUUAGGAGGGAGGGGAAUGAAAAAAUCCAACAAGGGUCAAUACCGAGCAGCAGCCACCAUCUCAAAAUUUUCAAGUUUCAGUUCCUAAACUGGGGCUGGGGUUGCCUACAAACAAAAUGCCUCAAUUUUUAGUUACGACUUUGAUAUUGAUAGUUGAAAGAAACCACCCCCACCUGUGGUACAAUUCUUUGACACGCCUGCCUGCUUUAAUGGAAUGAAGGAAGGUCUAGUUCAGCAGUAUUACAUUUACAUAUGUUGGGAGGCUGCCUAGUUAGUGUAAAUUUUAGGAGGGUUCCAUUAUUGUUGAGAAGAGAAUUAAUUACCUCAGGCUCAGGGUCAGGAAUAGGAUGUGUAAGCUAAGCAUUUAGCUAGCUAGGUUCAGUCAUAUAUAUAUUCUUUUUAGGUGGGGUGUGUAUGUGGAUUGGAAUGAUGGGAGAAGCCCUAUAAUACUUACUGCUCACUGCUAGUUGUACAGGUUGGAUACUUAUUAUAGUGUAAGUUUGUAGGAAUAUGCAAAUUUU